GGCAUCAACCUGAGCGGAGGGCAGAGACAGAGAAUCUGCGUGGCCAGAGCUCUCUACCAGAACACCAACAUCGUCUUCUUGGACGAUCCGUUCUCAGCGCUGGACAUCCACCUCAGUGAUCACCUGAUGCAGGAGGGAAUCCUCAAGUUUCUGCAGGACGAUAAACGGACCGUAGUCCUGGUCACACAUAAACUACAGUACCUCAUACACGCAGACUGGAUCAUAGCGAUGAAGGACGGCACAGUGCUGAGAGAGGGAACUCUGAAGGACAUUCAGACUCAUGACAUCGAGCUGUACGAUCACUGGAAGACCCUGAUGAACAGACAGGACCACGGCCUGGAGAAGGUACUGUCACAGAUAUACU